AUGUCCUCUUCCAAACAACCUUCCAGUGAUUUGCGUCCUCCAUCACAGCAAAGACGGACCUCCCUGGCAAAGGGAAGCCACCCCACACCUACGGCGGUCACUUGGAAGGCUUCGAACGAUUCAGUGCCAUUCUUCACUGCGAAAUCAACACGAGAUCCCGAAGCAGCUCGUCAGGUUGACACCUCGACGGACCAAGGCACCAAUGCUACCACGGAGGCGACCCAGAAAGCCCCUGGCCUGGCCAUGGAGGACUUACUGAGGCCUAGCAUCUCGAUCAAGCCUCAUCCUCCCAAUCUUCAAACAAAGCGUGUGCAGCUGCAGCCGCUUAUGCUGCUCCCUCGAGAAUGCCUCUCUUUGGCAUACAUCGACCUGGCUGCUCCUUACGGCGAGCUUCCUGCCUGCCGGUUUUUCGAGUCACGUAUACGUAUCAUGGAGUUGGAAAGUCGCCUUGGCUCGAGUGUACUUGUGGCUCGUUCGGAGUCGGGUAAACAUAGCGCAUAUGCAAUCGAGCGGCAUACGAAUGGUCAUUAUGUGGUUUGCAGGCUGGGGGACUGGGUACAUCUGGAUGAGCUGGCCCAGCAAGCUACUGUAUGCUGCCGAGAACGCUUGGGCACGACAGGUCUUGUAUCAAAGACACCCGCCGUUGUAGCAAAGCCAGCUACACCAACGCUCCACGUUCCCCAGCUGUACAAGGCGAGCAAUCGAAAACGACAAGCAAUCGAGGAUCUACAGUCACUUUGCAGGAAACGACCAAGGUCGCCAUCGGUAGCAGGGCCCUCAUCACAGGAACAAGCUACAGCUUGCCAGCUACCGACGCCUAUCGAUGAUGGUCUAUAUGAGACACAUGAGCAUGGAUAUGCUGCUACUUCCCAGCCUUCUGAACCUGCUUCAAAGGAAGUCUCGCAGCUGGCAAACCCCAGGCCGCAGGUUUCUGAACUCCCAGUCACCACAGAUGCAGCCCAGACAGCCGAAGAAAUAUUUGCCAACAUCAGGAACCAUUAUUUUGAGGCUCUCUAUCAUUCCAAGGGAAACCUCGCCUACUUUCCCAAAGGGCCUUUGUCCAGAGCAAGAGCGGCCUUCAACCUGAACAUUGAUGGCAUUCUCGAGAUGUCGGACUUGAUUGAUUUUCUCAAGAGUAUGGUAUUAACUACAGUUUCUAUCGACAAAAAGUAUCUAAGUACCAUACCAAAUAUGCUUGAUCAGAUGAAGAGACUCGUGGACAGCUCAGAUGACGGGGGUGAGAAGGUCAGGAAGAAGAAAUCCAAAAAGUUCAAGCUUGGCAAGAAUGGGCUCUAUAGUAACGAAGAUGAAGACGUGAGGAAGUGGUGGAGUGCGACGAAACCUGAACUCAAGGACGAUGAAGUUUCGGUUCAGCCGCAGCACAUGCGUUAUCACAUAUCGUGCUUGAGGAGAAGGGAGACACUGCUACAAAUGAUUUUGAUCAUGGAGAUACUAGCACUCGAGGCGGCGCGGCCCCCUGAGAAUCCCGCCGAUGUUCAGCUUCCUGGUCUUGACACAGUGCCUACGGCGGUGGUGGCGGAGACUGGCGGGCAUAAGAAAAAAAGGAACAAGCACAACUAUCCUGUGCUUCUCGACGUACACGCCGACCGCUUAUGCAUUUGGGAGUCGAUCACUCUGGAUGAGGUGAAAGCCUUAGCGGAAUCACAGACACACGAAGACGAAGCAGAAGUGUCUGAUAAGCCCUUGAGAGACUUUUGCACCGACAUCAUUGUUCCAUUCUUUUCCGCACGGUUACCUGAAGUCUGUGAAAAUUUGAACCGCAAACUCGGUGGUCCGGUGAAACAGUCUCCACGAAAACAAAGGCGCGAGAAGCCAAUUCCUUCCUCAAGUACCAAGGUGAAAAUGGGCAGCAAACCGGGUGCCGUGACUAAGAGACCUGGCACUGCAAAGUCUGCUACUUCAAAGUCUUCUGCACGGAGCUUGGAGCGUGUACUUUCCAACGACAAACUCCGCCGUAGCGUCUCCAGGGGGCCUUCAGAUGCUCUAGCACACCUGCGACAUGCAACGGUUGCACACGUCCCUGGGCUUAAACGGGAGGCAAGCGAGUCCAGAUCUUUUAGCGAAACCAGGUCAUUGAAAGAUGCGGUUGACUCGCUCGAAGAUGACCCGUCCUCUGCCACUGCAGGCUCAAAGGAGAAGCAGGCGCCGAAAUUGAUGCACUCAAGAAGUUCUAGCUUUGCAAACGCCGACGACGCAAGGGCGAAGAAGAAGGCUAUGGUUGAUGCCGAGCUUAGGAACGCAAUAUCGGCUCUCAAAAAGCCAAACCGCCUGCUUGCAGGCAAAGUCAUGGUUGAGGAGACUGAGAAGCGUCUGUUCGGAGGACCUACAUAUGUCUCGAAUACCCGGAAGCUAGCUAGAAGUCCCGUGAACCAUGUUCAGGUCAAGGCGACACCCGCAAACGCCAGGUUCAAGGAUGUGCUUGAUGUAGUAGACGAAGGCGCAUUGCAAUAUGGCAAGGGUUUUAAGCUUGCUCGUGGUCGUUCGGUAACGCAGCCAGCGGCAGCGAUGGCGUCACUCUUGGAAGAACCGGCCCAGGUUGGUGCAACACCCCGCCAUGUGGCCAACACACCAUCGCCGCGCCAGGCCUCAAGACAGCGGGAUGCCGUACCAAAUUCAUCUCCAUUACAGGCAAGGAAAGUCGCACCGCGACCACAAACAGAAGAAUCAUCUCAGUGGUGGCAAAAGACCAAAUCGCAGCCUGUUCCUUUCUCCCGGGACUUGUUGCAACCCCCUGGCGUGGCAGAUCUUGUGCCAGCGUCCUCGCCACACCAGUCCAUGUUUACCGCUCCGGGUGUUUCGGCUGAGCAUGAAGAUCCUUUAGUGGUAGCCAUUGCUACCACGCCAUCAGGCAAGAGCCGGACAUCGACUGUACAAUGGCAACAGCCUCGGUCGGCGUCUUUACUGGAAACACCUGUGAAGAAGGCUCGGAAUAACGUGAUAGCGGAAUCCCCAUCUCCAUGCCAACCUGCUCUAUUGAUGUCGGGUACUAGAGCUGGGAUCAAGCCUCAUCAGCCAGCUCACCUGGUCUUCCUAUCACCAGUCGGAAGACGUACUUCUGCGGAUGAUAGUGCCGGUCUUGUAAAAGAACCUGAAAGGCCUCAGGGUGGAGGCUCUACCAAACCAAAAUCCAUAUAUCAGCAGUUGGGCUGGGACGACGACUUGGAUGAACUUUUAUGA